AUGAAGAAUUCUUCAAAGUGUGGCAAUCAAGAUUUGAAUUCAAAAUAUAUUUAGCUUGAAAAUGAAAGGGAAUUCGAAAAUGACCCCAAUGUUUCGAUAAACAACAAAGAAAAUAUAUUUACAAAUUCCUUUUAAAAUGACCCUUCAAAAAAAGCAGAUUUUACAAACCAAUUAAGGUACAUUUAAGAUAUGGCAAAUAAGGAGAAGAAUAAAAUGAUAGAGUAGGAGGCUGAAAUGCUUAAGAUGAUAGUUUCGUCAACUUACAAAAAUAAAUUUCUUAGAGGUAAGAAAAAAAAUAAACUUAAGAAAUAUGAUACAGCAAUGAAUAAGUAAUUUCUAGAAGCUUUGAAAUAAGGACAAAAAAAAUUCGAAAGAUUCAGAAUAUUUCUGUAUAGUUUACUCAUUGGACUCAUCAUAUUAAACAAUUUCUUUUCGAUUGUUGUUUUUCUCAUUGAGGAGUAUAUUUAAAAUUAUACUUAUGAAAUUAUCAUUGAUAUGGUAGUUCUAUUUUUCUACUUGAUAGAAUUUACUUAUAACUAUAUUACUUUUCCUACUCCAAGAUCUUAAUUUUUCAGCUAAUAUUUUACUUGGAUUGAUAUUGUUACUAUGUUGACUCCAAUAUUUACGAUAAUUAUGGAUACUGAGAGCUUUUAGCAUGUUAAAAUGAUAAGAGUUUUGCGAGUUGCAAAGGUUAUAAGAAUAUUAAGGCUUGUGAAAAUGAUUAAGACUUACACUGCUCUAAACUCAUAAUAGCUUGAGGAGGAAAAGCUUUACUUGACAAUUUAGGUUUCACCAAUACUUUAAUAAGUGGUAUUAUUGGUAUCUUAGCUAUUAGUAAUUGAGUUUUUGGGGGCUGCUUUGGUUAAUAUUAUCUCUGAGACACAAGAAGAUUCCUUUUCUAUAAGCUUAACUUACUUAGAUGCUUUAUACUAUAUGAUUAUUACAUCAGGAACGGUUGGUUAUGGUGAUAUUAUCCCCAAAACAAUCAUAGCCAGAACUGUUGUAGUCACCAUAUUAAUGUGUGUAUUUCUAGUUUUUGGUGAUAAUAUAUCUAAGAUAGGACAACUUAUGAGACAAGCUAAUUUCUAAGAUAAAUACUACUACUUGCAAGAUCAUAUAGUGAUUAUAGGAACCGUAAAGACCAAAGAGAUUAUGAGGUUUGUGAUGUAUCUAAUCGAUAUGAAGACUUUUGAUGGGAUACCAGAAAUUCUUAUUAUAGGUACAAAGCUUCUUAAAGACACCAGUUUAGAGAAGUUAACAAAAAAUGCUCUUACAGAAAUGAAAGUUAAAUAUCUGAGUGCGGUAGAUGGCAUAGAUAUGAACACAUAUAGAAAAGCAAACAUACAUUAUUGCAAAGCAGUAUAUAUCAUUGGACAUCUAAAUGUUGCCAAAUCGGACGAUGCAUAUACUUAAAAUUUACUUCACAAGAUUAAAUAAAUCGAUCAAUACUUGAAUCUAUACUAGACAAGAAUUAAUAACUACAAGCCAUUCUGCUAUAAAAAGAGACAAAGCAAGGAGUAAGUUAAAUUUUACGUAUAAUUGUGCUGCUCUAAUAUAGUUUAGAAUUUCCUAUCAAAGGAUUAUAUCUCUUAUUUUAACGAGAGAAUGUACACAAUCAACAUUUGCAAAUUUAAAAAUGAAAUACUCUCUCAUGCUUUAUUUAGUCCAGGAGUUAUUCCUUUUAUGAGCAAUUUUUUCAUAGUAAAUUCACAUCCGAUUUCACCUGAGCAUCAAACCAAAUAAAACAGAAAAUAAUUCAAAUCUCUCAGAUAUAAGCUUAAAAUUUGUGUCUUACCUUAAGAAUUUAUAGGGAAAAAGUUUUAUGAGGCGGUCAAGAUUACAUUUAAAAGUCAAUAGAAAUUCUAUGACAACAAUCCUAAGAGAUUAUUUAAAAAACCAAUGAAAAUGAUUUUAUUUGGAAUCGUGCCUGUUUAAGAAAAGAAGAUUUAUGUGUAGAGUAUCAUUAAUCCUGGGUCAGAGUAUACAAUUAAAGAAACCGAUAAAGCAUACUUAAUGGUCUAAGAAUUAGAUGACUAUUACUUUAUGGAAUUAGAGAGGAUUGAAUAGGUAUUUUAGCAAUAAGUGACUGACUAUUUAGCAGAUAAAACUAAAACUGAGCAAGAUUAUUUAAAUUUCAUUAAAAAACUGCAAGAGACAAAUGUUAAUACAGAUCAAGAAAAUUUAAAUACUGAGAGAGAUUUUAUGCAUAACUCAGAAAGAAAACUAAUGCCUGAUUUAGAAGACAAUUAGCCUCUUAAAUUAAAUGACAUUAAAAUUGCAGAGAAAAAGGUCUCAAACAGUAAACUUAAUUAAAAUAUACUAAGAUAAAAUAUUGGGAAAGGCCUCUUUAAAAAAAUGAGUACUGUAGUUGAGGAAGUUAAGUUAAAGGAAGAAAAAGAAAAGUAAAGUAAAGUUUUAACGAAUUCUAUCACUAAGAAAUUCAUAACUGUCCUUAAUGAGAAAGAAAUUGAGACCUAGUUAAUGCAAAGUUUCGAGAAUUAUUUAAGAACUCUCUACACUUACAGAAUCUCUUUAAAAAAGUAUUAAUAUCUCCUCUGGGAUGAGGAUAAAAUUCAAGGGAAGAUUAAAAAUCACAUUCUCAUUUUUGGGUUUAAUUAGGGCUUGAUUCAUUUCAUAAAGGCAACUAGGCUAAAAUGUGACUUGCCCAUUGUGAUUUUUUUCAAUGAAGAUAUUUAACUCGAUAUCUUUAAACUUAACAAUUUGUUUGGAAACAUUUUCCAUUUUUGGGGUGAGGCAUUUGACAAAUCUCAUCUUGAUAAGUCAUGUAUUACAGAUGCGUACGCAGUAAUAGUCCUACAAGAUUAUAACAAAGAGAAAUAGGAAGUGUGUGAUGGAAACGCUAUUAAAAUUGUAAGAAUGAUAGAACAAUUCUAUAAAAUCAAUAGACUUAUCGUAGAGAUUUAGGAUCAUUCUAAAAUAUAAAUGUUAGGUUAUGAGCCUAAGAACUUAGAAGCAUAUAGCUAGUACUUUUAUUGGCCUUUUAUGAUGAAUGGAAAAAUCCUACUCACAUAACUAUUUGAUUCAAUGAUAGCCCAGACAGAGGAUGAUCAUAAUCAUCUUGAGACACUUUAAAAAUUUGUGAACAACGAUAUAUUCAAAAAAUAUAAAAAAAUGAUGUCGAAUACAGAGGCUAAUCUUGAGGUUGAUGAGCAUAAUACGAUAUAUUCAAUGCAAGUUCCUCCUCUAUAUAGUUUGAAAGGCAAAACUUAUGAGGAAUUAAUGAAUGAUUUUUUGUCAAUGAAUUGCAUUUGCCUCGGUAUUUACAGACAAAUAUCCUAAACUCAUUCUGAUAACCUGCUUGAAGAAGAAUUUUCAUUUAUCAAAGAUGAAUAAAGCAAAAAGUCAUUUAAAAUUAAAAACUAGGAUAUGAAUUUUCACAAGAGAAGCAACGCCUAUUUCGAUCAAGAUUUAGCAGACGGUCUAAAGCAUUAUCAGAUUUAGGCGAAUUUAUCCGAUUUCAAAUGUAACUUCAACAGUCUGCAUACAGAGUAGCUUAUAAUGAAUCCUUCUGCAAAAUUCAAACUAAAACUAGAAGAUAGAGUCUUGUUGAUAGGAUCAAUCCCUGUUUAAAGUUGUGAGAACUUUUUACUCCUGCAUAGAAUGAAAAAGAGAAAUCAAAAUGGACUAUCAAUUAGGCAUGAGAGAAGAUAACUAGCUGUUGAAGCCUUAGAGGCAAAGCUAAAUCGAAGAGAUAGAAAUCUCAAUGAAUUGCAAAAAGAACUGUUUCAAAGAACCCAAAAGUAUACCUAGUUCUCAUUAUACAGCUAGGAUAGAUUGAAGCGCACCACUGCAUUAAUGUCUGAUAAGAAUAAGAUAAUCGUGGAGCACCAUAACACUUUAAAGGAAGAAUCAAGCAUUAAUAACGAAACUAUUACAUCCUUUGAGUACUCUGUGGUGGAAGAUGAGAAGAAUGAGCUAAUCAUCAAAGAUUCCAAUAUAAAUGAAUUCAUUAAAAUAUGA